GUUCCUCCCCCCGAGUCCCUUCCUUUGUUCCUAAACCCACCUCUUUCUCUUUCACACACGCCUCUCCCUCUCUCUUCGAUCUCUCUCUCGGUCUCCAUUUCCUCUUCUUCUUGCUAGAGGAGGAGUAGUACUAGUUCGUUGUGUUGCGUGUCCGGCUUGCUGGUGUGCGACGGAUCGAGUUGGGCGGCGGCGCGCGCGCGGAGAUGUCUGAGGUGUCGGUGAUAAACCAGGCGGAGGUGGAGGACUCGGCGGCCGGGCUCAACCUGCCGCCGGGCUUCCGGUUCCACCCCACCGACGAGGAGAUCAUCUCGCACUACCUCACCCCCAAGGCACUCGACGACCGCUUCUCAUCCGGCGUCAUCGGCGAGGUCGACUUGAACAAGUGCGAGCCAUGGCACCUCCCAGGCCAGGCGAAGAUGGGGGAGAAGGAGUGGUACUUCUUCUGCCACAAGGACCGGAAGUACCCGACGGGCACGAGAACGAACCGCGCCACCGAGAGCGGCUACUGGAAGGCCACAGGCAAGGAUAAGGAGAUCUUCCGCGGGAGGGGCGUCCUCGUUGGGAUGAAGAAGACCCUCGUCUUCUACCGUGGCCGCGCCCCCCGCGGGCAGAAGACCGGCUGGGUCAUGCACGAGUUCCGCCUCGAGGGCAAGCUCCCCCACCCGCUCCCGCGCUCCGCCAAGGACGAGUGGGCCGUGUCCAAGGUGUUCAACAAAGAGCUGCUGACGCCGGCGAGCAACGGGACGACAAUGGCGGCGGGGGAGGCGGAGAUGGAGCGAGUCAACUCGUUCGGCUUCAUCAGCGACUUCCUUGACUCCGCGGAGCUGCCGCCGCUCAUGGACCCUUCGUUCGGCGCCGACGUCGACGAAGUGAUCGACUUCAAGGGCCCCGCGUCCACCUCCGGCUACGCCGCGGGAGACGCCGCCGGUGCCCAUUCGGGCAUGGGCUACCAGCUGCAGGUCAAGAUGGAAGACCCCGUCCAACUGCAGUAUCAGCAUCAGCAGCAGCAGCACAUGAUGUACUCGAGCCCGUACUUCUCGCUGCCGGCGGUGAACUCGGGCGACAUGUCGCCGGCGAUCCGGAGGUACUGCAAGGCGGAGCAGGUGUCCGGGCAGACUUCGGUGCUCAGCCCGUCCAGGGAGACCGGGCUCAGCACCGAUCCCAACGCCGCAGGCUGCACGGAGAUCUCCUCGGCGGUGACGCCUGCUGCGUCCCAGCAGUUCCUGGACCACCUCGACGAGUACCCCGCGCUGAACCUGGCCGACAUUUGGAAGUACUGAUCGAUCGAAGCCGGAGCUGCCCACACACAGCACCUACCUUAAGCUUGGCCACCCAUAUGAUUCGGUUCUUCUGGCUCGUUGAUUAAUUACUUGAUUUGAUUACUUAACUCGCGUGUGAUGCUCGUGUUAGUGGUUUGCUGAUGCAUCAUCAUCAUCCUCAUCUUCUUUCCGGAGGACUUUCGGGUUGGAUCAGAUUAUUAUCCAUCCAGACCUCCAGGGAUUAGCUAGGCAUCGAAUCCUUUGUUUAUUAAUCAUUAAUCCUAGGUUCAUACAGUAGUACUAUAACCUUGAUCCCUCUCUGUACAUACCCACUAGCACUACUAUUCUGGUUGUGUUUUAUUCGGUAGAAGCUUGGUGAUGCUUAUACAAUUACUGGGGUUGUAGAUUAGGAGGACUUAUUGGUGAAUUGAUUAAUUUGGGCGUUGUUGAUGAGCCAGCUAGCGCUAGCUUUGUCCUACUAUGUACAUGUACCAUUAAUUGCUUGAGUUUGACAUCUCAUUAUGUGAAUUGAUGCUUCUUCUCUCUCUC